UAAAUGACGCAUUUCAUUUUAUAAUUAGUUGAUUGAAGCGGAAUUUCAAAUACGUGUGGUUGUUAUGUUUAGUACGAAUUACAGCCGCUAGGGCUUAUUUGUUGAAGGUUAGCUCUUCAGUUUUGCUUCAACUUUCAACCAAGUAAGUUUCUAGUGAUAACGUCGUCUACCAAAAUAGAACAUUAUAAAUAUUGAUGAAUACUGAAUAGAUCCAAUAAUUAUUGUUUGUAAUACAUCUUGUUUCAACAAAGCUGUGAUCAUGAAAUACUUUAGAAUAGAUUGCAGGUCGUCAUGACCACCCUGUUAUUUGGCACCGGAGUAGGAACGUUUAUUCUGGUGUUAGUCUGGUCAUCAGCUCUAUGUCUUUGCUGCAUAUCACUGAGAACUCACAGAAAUAUUGGGCCAAUUGCCGUUUCAGUGGCUAUACUUGUUAUGCUAGUUCUCUUACUUCUGCCUAGAGGACCCCAGAGUGAGGAGCAAUCCAUACAUAAAGUAUACGACUACCUCUUCGUGUGGCGGGUGAUUCUGGUCGUAGUGCUAGCAUUGUGCACUGUGGUUGCUGCCUGUCUACUGCUUGUUGAGAGUGUAAUGCAGCCCCUGCACGCUCGCCAAAUCAAGGGCUGGACCAUCUGAGACCUGGGCUAUCUGAGACAACCUGACCUCAACUUCUAACAACAACCAACUAUCUCUCGAAAAUAUUCGGCAGCUCUACUUUGCUGUGAUCGGGCAACUGGGUUGAAAAUGUUGGCGGUCUGCAGGCGUCUGGCGUCGAGGCGUAGCAUCCAUCUGGCGGGAGCCACUCAAAAGUCGUUCACAAUCAACGACAACGACCAUUUCGUGCAAAACGUGAUGAACAGCUCGGUGCCGGUCAUCGUCAACUUCCACGCCGAGUGGUGUGAACCGUGCCAUAUCCUCACGCCCAAAUUGAACGAACUGAUCGAGACGCGCGACGACAUAAAUCUGGCAACAGUGGAUGUGGAGAAGUGCGCCGAACUGGUGCACACUUUCGAGGUGAAAGCUGUGCCGGCUGUCAUCGCUAUCAGGAAUGGACUGGUCAUUGACAAGUUUAUCGGACUGGUGGAUGGCGAUAUGAUUGAUAGUCUUAUCAAUAAGCUGUGUCCAGCCAAGGCUAAGAGUGAUAGUCAGACCUGAUUUGGGUAGAGUGGGUGACAUUCAUUUUAGUUGAUCUCGAAUCAGCUGUCUGGGAGGGUCUCAGUUUCUCGAAAUUUCAGUUCGGCUAGUUCCCGUUGCUUUUAGAAAGUCCAGUGGAUAAAGUAUCAUGAUAUUCCAGUUGAUUUCGAAUCAGCUGUUUGGGAGGGUCUCAGUUUCUCGAAAUUUCACUUCGUCUAUUCCCGUUGCUUUCAAAAAUUCCAGUGGAUAUAGUAUCAUAAAUAUUCGAAUAAUAUCUCAGUUGAUCUCGGAUCAGCUGUUUGGGAGGGUAUCAGUUUCUCGAAAUUUCAGUUCGGCUAGUUCCCGUUGCUUUCAGGAAGUCCAGUGGAUACAGUAUCAUAUUAUAUUCGAAUGAUAUUCCAGUUGAUCUCGAAUCAGCUGUCUGGGAGCGUAUCAGUUUCUCAAAAUUUCGGCUAGUUCGGCUAGUUACUGUUGCUUUCAAAAAGUUCAAUGGAUACUGUAUGCUAUCGAAUGAUAUUUAUUUAUAUACUGUAUGCUAUCGAAUGAUAUUUAUUUAUUAGGUUAGCACAAACAAUACAAUGAUCGCAAAAGAAAAACGGGCUAUUGCCAAAACUUCUUCAAUUUCCUAAUUUAGUUUCAAAUUAUCCGAAUAUUAUACAUAGGCUAUGUCCAUUUCAAUUUUCUACACCAAAUCACAAUCUGAGAAUAUAGAUUAGAAUAAAACAAACAAUUUUAAAUUUAGAUAGAGUGAUAGUAAAACUUUUGUAAAAACAUGAAACAAACUUUAAAUUCACAAAAUAAAGAAUAAAACCACUUAUAUAUAUUAGUAAUAUUUUUCUCAUAAUACCAGCAUAUUGCCAUCUAAAAGCAGAAAUCUAAUCUGUUUUUAUGACAGUUUUCCUUUUGCUAUUUAGUUCUUCGGUAAAUAUAAUUAUUCAAUAACAGAAGUCCUUAGUUCUAUUUAUAUAGCUUUCAUUGUUUAUUCGAAUUAAUUAUUAUUAAAAACCCAACCCUGUAACCUACUAUUUUACCUUUUUAACAUAAUUAGCUCUCAUUGAAUUAAUUAUUGAAAACCCAACCCUUUAACCACCCAUUUUACCUUUGAAACAUACUAAAAAUAUCCUUUUGAGUUGUCGUAAUUCUGUGAGAUUCUACUAACUAAACGGCUUAACUUCCCACUUGUUUCGGUUUCACACGAACUGGUAAAAAUAGGCACUAGAUGAACUGAUAUCAAGAGGAACUGAGCCCCUCCCGUUGGAAUCUGCAUCGAUAGUGUAAAUUGGAGUCGGUUUGUGACUUGAUUAGUCGCCUUAAACUGGAUUCCCACGUGUCAGUGGUACAGUGAAAAUAUUAUCCCUAUAACUUCCAAUGGGACUAUUCACUCGCUCGGCCGUGUUGAGUGUGAAUAGUCCAAUCAGGACUCAUGGAGAUUAUAUUUUCACUGUGCCGAACACUUCUACUGAUACUGAUAUGAAGGAAUCAAGCUUCAGGCGCCCAAUGACCAGUUUCAGCAAGCUCGGUCACGGCAUUACGUGGUCAAAAAUAAGGUACCGUUUUGAAUUGAAUUCAAUUGAAAACUUGUUUACAGCGAGUGCACUGGAUCAUAAAAUGGUUUCUAAGGCGAUAAAUCCAGUGCACACUUGAAAAGUAUACCCGGCUUGACCAUGAUCAAAUCUAACUGAGCUUGCUGAAAUCGGGCAUGAGCCAGAUUAUGACUUUAUUAGAUUCAAAACAUAGAGGAGCAGUGAAGGUAGAGUGUAGCUGAGAGUGUUGAAAUAAUGCGUGUAUCUAAAUGUCCCCGCAUUCUUCUACCUUCUAUCCUACCUUCGCCGCUCCAGUAAGUUAUGAUUGUGGAUAAAUUCAUGAUUAUUAUUCAUCAAAAAAUGAGAGAGGUACAUGAGAGUCAACAUCCAACUAAUGUCUAUUAAUAAUAGCUUUUACAGUAACAAUAAGAUAGCUAUUAUACUGUAAUGUUUAUCCAAUGAUUUGGGACAAAAAUCUUCAUUGAUCUGCAAAAUUCUAGUGAAUUUUAAACUUCACUUUAGAAAACUCAAUUUUAAACUGUCGAGUGUGCAGUUUAUAGCAAUGAUUGCUUACAUUUGUUGAACUGCUACUAGAUUUUAGAGAUACUUCUAAAAUUUAAAGAUUAUUUACAACAGUUCUAAAAAAGUGACCAAAACGUUAUUUAGAACUUCAAAAGUUAGUCUUUAGAAAUGAGAUGAAGAUAACUUUCAUAUUAAAAUAAAAUUCAAAUCUUUAAUGUCUUAAAAUACAUUAAUAUUGUACUAAACUAUUUAAAACACAAUUUGGUCUUGGUCGAAUUUAUUUAUUCUUUAUGGUUUAACAAACUCAAGAAAGUUUAACUCCUGCUUUAAGGCAGGAAUAAUAUUAAAAUGUUAUUUUUCAUUAUUUUCUAUCUAUUGUGUGAAAAUUGGUAUUCUAUUUUUCCGUAUAUUAAUAGGUACUCAGAUAUUUCUAUCUUGCAGCUAAUCUCUUGUUAUUAAUAUAUAUUAGCAUAGUUAAUAUAAAUUGAUAUUUAUAUUAUAAUAUGUUGAUACCAUUUCAUAUUAUUAUAAUGUAUUGUGGGUGUUUUACUAUUCCCACAAAUUCAUUUUAUCUAUUGAUAAUUUUUAAUGAGAAGAGGAACUAUGUUGGGUAUGAAAUUUAAAAUUUUACCAUUUUACAUUGUUUAUUUUCUAUCACAAUAAAAGUUGAAAGAACUUUAAAAGUGCCUUACAUUGAAUUUAAGGCUUUCGAUAAGAUUGUAAUCAUGCGCAAAUCAUUUUCUUUCAAGGCUUAUAAAAGUAUACACGUGUUUAUUAUAAACAUAAACUCUAGCAUUUCAAAGAACUUAACGGUUUUGAGAUAUUUUUGUCGAUUUGAGGUGAAAUGAGAUAAGAAAUCUAUGUUUUGAACAAUUUUGCAUAACUUGGUUUGAUUAGAUAAAUAUAUAUCAUUUUGUUCUAUGAUUUGAUAUGAGUUACAAAAACUUGAAACUUUUCAAGGAAAAUGAAUAAUAGAACAAAAGUGCAUUGUUUUGAUUUUUCUACUUCUGGCACUGGUAUAUUAUUCUAUAAUUUAUAAGAAAGGAUACCGUUUUAUCUUAUAAAUUGUAAAUUAUUUCCAUAGAACUAUUGAUUUAUGUUAAUUAACAAUCAUCCUAUUAUUUCAUCAAUUAUAAAGAAGGGCAAAUUCAAUGAAUAAAUCUUUGAAUUUGCGUAGAGUAUUGUUGUAGGAAUAAUUUAAUGAAAAAAAUGAAAACUGGUGCUCUACUAAUGUUAUUUUUCUGUUCUUUUUCCAACUAAGUUUUACACCAAACUAUGCAUAAUAUUCAUGUUUUUUAUCACGUUUUUCAUUUGAAAUUAAAUUAUGUAAAUUAAUGAAUUCACGCGUAUCUUAGUUAAUGUGAUAUAUUGUUGUAUAAUAUUAGAAUUGCAGAUAAUUUGAUUUCUAUAUCAGUGAUUGAUGUAUUUUCAUUACCUAGUUUAAAAAAAUUAAUUCACUUUGUCAAUCAUUCGUUGUCAAAGAAAUUCUAUAUGUUCAUCAUUAGUUGUGUUGAUUUCUGGUGUAAGUGGAUUGAUGUAUUGAGAGUUAUUGUCGACCAUUAUUUAAACCAAUAUUUUCUGUUGAUUUGUCCUUAUUAGCUGAAAAUUGAUAACGCCAUGUUUUAGAGUAAUCAUGAUAAUAAUAGGUACAAUAAUUAGUAAUAGUAAAAUAAUCUGUAAAAUAUUUCAAUUCAAUUUUGAACUUUAUAUAAAUGGGAUUCAGAGGCGGAAAUCUACUUGUUAAGGAAGUGUAUAUUUUUAAAAAUAAUUAAAUAUGAAAUUUUGGAAUAGGUUUUCCUAAUGCUAGGAAAAGAUCUUCAUUAUCGAAGAAUUGUUUAUCCUAUCAAUUCGUUCAGAAUACCAAGUCAAUUUAUGGAAUUACAUCAUUUUUUCACAUCAUUAAUCUUGUGUUUUAUUCCCAAAUUAUAUCAUCAAUAAUUGUGUUUUCACAAUGAAAAUAUAGAUUGUAUUCAAAGCUUAUGAACUAUGAUUCAUUUUCAUAUGAGUAAUUAAAAUAAUUUUCUAAAAUAAUUGAAAAUGAUGAUGUUGGUAGAGUAUUGAGUUUAGUGUGGAUUGGGUAAUUUCUAUUAAUUUAUAUGAUGGAUAUAAUAGUUUUCCUGGAUGUAAAUAACAUUAAUUUGAAUGAUUGAUAGACGAGAUUUAGAGCGGGAAAUAACCCAAGCUAUGACAUAAAUCUGAAAAGAAAAUAUGCUUUUAUUAGUAAGUGAAGCGAAUGAUAGCCAUACAGUGAAAAUAAAUAAGAAUCUGAUCAAGAAUACAAAGAAAGGAAACAAAAUUUACAUAAUCUACGGAAAUUAUCUUUGCUCGACUAAUUUUAAUAGAUAUUAUUGUAAAUUUGUGAGUUAAUAGGCUACUGUUACUAACAAUAUUAUUAUUAACGUUGUUCAACAUUUUAUAUAUUAUCCCACUGCUAAUAUUCUAGUCAUAUCAAUUCAUAACCAAAUAACAGUAAAAUAUCUGUAGUGAUUGUUAUUAAUAUUCAAUUUAUUUUGUUCUCAAAUAUUCUGUACAUUUGAUAUCAAAGAGGUUGUAUAAAACACUUGACAAAAAUAAAUAAUACUGAAGAUCCAGAUUAAAAAGAGGCGCAGCUGAUAAACUUAUAAGAUAUAAAUUAACAAACUAAUAUGUAAAUAAUACAUUUUUAUUUCAAAAUAAUUGCUGAAUAAUAUUCGUUAAGAGGGUUUUAUUUAUGUAAGUGGGUAAUAAAAAGACCCCUUAAUGACGGAUCUUCAAAUAUGUACGCUGAUCUAACGCCAAUGUGUCUACUUUAUUGUACAGCCUCUUUGGUCAGCAUUAACAAAUAAAGGUGUAAUUUUUGUACUGUACAUUGUUAUACUUAAGACCCAAGGCUUUUAUCUAAUGAAUGAGUAAAAUACUGCUUUUAUGAGCAACCAACUACUCCAAUGAGAUUACACUGUGAUUUUUGCAAGUGCUUUUCUUGAUAAAAA